UCCUAGAAUUACUGGCAGGCCACGAAAUAUGAAACGAGAAAAUUUCAACUCAUGUUUUGCCUUUAUAUAUUUUGUAGAUAUAUUAUACCACAUACUUAAUACUUAGCAUAACCACUUAAGAGUCAAAUGUAAGAUAGAUGUAUUAGUUACAUGUAUUUAUGUUAAUGGUUAACUAUAAUUAUGUCUUGAUUUUUUUGUGUUAUUCAAUAUAUAGAUUGCAAUUUGAUGCACUAAACGGAAAUUUUCCCACUUAAUGAUAAUGCAAUGGUAUAUUGGUUAUUUUGGUUAACCAAUUAAUCAAACCGAUCAAACUUUAGUUUGGUUAAUUUGAUUAUUGUAUUAAUUUUGACGGUUUAAUUUUGAUAUUGUAUUCCAUAAUUAAUAUAAUUUAAAUAUAUUUAAUUUAAUUAAUAAUUAUAAUGGUAACCAUUUAAACACCUUGCCAAAAGAAAAAAUGAAACAGACUAAUUCCAAUGGGUCUGAAAGUGGACAAGAGAAUGGGCCACUUGGUUGGCCCGUCUCAGGAUAAAGGCCCCAAACCCGGCCCGUUCCUGAUUGCUCCUCGUGUUCCCUGCCGCCGCCUCCGCCUCCGCCAUUCUCAUCGCCUCGUCGCAGUGACUCCCCAGCUCAGUUCGAUCAAACUCCUUUUCUCUUCCUCUUCAAAAUUAGACACUCGCGAUCAAUUUCCAUGAUCAAGGGAAUGAAGUCACGAUCCAAGGCUCGUUUGAUAUCGCCCUGGCCUAACCUCCGUCCGGCAAGUUUACUCGUUCCCGGCGAGCAAAACCCUAGACGAAAUCGGCCAUUCCGAUCCCGGACUAGCUCCUCCAAGUCAAUUUCGUAUGAGAAUCUUUGUAGCUCACAAAAGAAAUAUUUGGAUCCUUGUCCGUACGUGGAAACCAAUGCCUAUAGCUACCAUCCAACAACCGCUCUGUGAGGACAAGAAAGCAGAAGGGACGGACACUGAGAGAGAUGACCAAGUUAGAAUCAUCGCCAGGAUUGGAAUCUAAUGUUUGCUUGCCCCUUUGUUUCAAUGGGGGGUUUUUGCUGCUUCUUACUAUUGUCCCCUUCCCCUUCUCUCCCCCGAAACAUCUUUCUCGUUCUCCGGCCGUUUCUUUCAAGGAUUUACUCCCGGUCGGUCGGUGUUGGCGAAUCAGCAGGGGAACCGACGGUACCGGUGAGCUCCUUUCUCUCUGCUACUAUUUUGUGCUGGAUGUUAAUUUCCUAAUCAUUCCUCCGUGAAAUGCAAAAGACUGAAAAUCAGAAGAUUGCAUUUCACUUGGGAUGGUUGGUUUCAGAGGUAUUUUCUUGAAGGACACAUCAUAACUGGAUUCAGGUGAGGCGAUUGUGAGAAACGCUGCUACCUAGAAACAACAAGAAACCCUCUGAUUGUAGGUGGACAAAAGGAGUAAAAAUUAGAAGAAACUCCGAAACAAAUGGCUGUUUCAAGCCCCAACUCUUCAAGGACAGAGCACAAUUCAAGUAAGGUGAGCCGAGUAUGUUGACUUAAACUAGGAGGAAGCAGCACAACACUUUCAGCUGCGUUCAUUUCAUUUCAUUUCAUGUAAUGAAUGACUAUCAAGCUACAAUCACAUUUCGGUUACCACGUAGCAGUUUCCUCUUCUCGUCAUUUUCAUUACUGAGAAAAACCUGAACAUGCAGGUUUAUGUUGCGCCACGAAGCAUCCAACAUCCUAUUCCGGAGUCCAGCUGAUGAUCCAGUUACCCAGUUGUCUAAGAUUAACUCUGUCUGCAGACGUUUGCUUUCGAAUUCAGCCAUUGCCAUGCGUACGUGGCCUAUCUGAAAAUACUAAAGGUUUGUUACUCUCACAUUCAUCACAUCUUUUGUCAAGACAUUGCAAUUUCUGUAGACAUUUCAAGCCCCCUUGCGUAGUUUUAGCUUCUGUACUAGCUAGUGACUUGUUAUAUAUAGAAAACUCGAUCGAAUUAUUAAUGACCCUAAGAGACUCCUAAAGCGUCAUAGUAAAUGCAGUGGGGGAAGACUGGAAUCGAUUUAAUGACUUGAUGAGUGGCCUAGACUAGACAGCAUUAAGAUAACAUUCUUCCUACUCUCCGAUUCAUCACGUCCACUUAAUCUUUUUCUCCCUUUCCUUUUCUGUCUUUUCCCUUUUGUUGAAAUAAAAUCCUUUACGUCUCUGAAUCCCCGUCUUUGUUUAAAGGUACAAUUAUUUUUGUUGUUUUCCUGCUUUUGUAGCGUGAAUAUUUGUUAUCUGACGUAUUUAGUUUCAUUCACAUAAUCAACACAAUAGUGCCAUGCACCUUUUACCCCGUACUGGCAAACAUUACGAAUCUCUUUCCAAAAGCCAAGCCAUUUCCUCCAUAUGACCACCACCAAACCAAACAACGCAUGCGACUUCCCUCUUAUCAAUUUCUCCCCCCCUUUUUUUUCCUGUUCUUCUUUUUCUACUUUGUUUUUUUUUUAUGUCUUGUACGUUUCUUUUAAUAUAUUUUUUUCCUUGGGAACAUAAUGGGCGAUAUUCUCUUGGAAUUAUGGUAUAAAGGUACGCCGGAUCCCCAAAUGAAGAGUUAAAGAGGACAGAAGGUUGUGGCACCGGUGAACAGGCGCGCAGAUAGGAAUCAGCGGCGGAGGCAAGUGUACGGUACGCCUAUCUACACUCUUUCUUCGUCUCUCUAUCCCUUUCUUCUUACUUCACUUCACUUGUAUCGUCCAGUGUAUUCGGUGACAUCUGAUAAAAUUGGAACCUUACUUUCACCGUCCCACACCGUUAUUGCACUGACAUAGUGUACGUACCACACUAUGUUGUGUUUUGACAUUUUUUUUUUUUUUACCUCAACACUCAAAUCCAUAUUGCAACAACUAUACGAUCUUCUCCGACUACCAUUUUCUAUCUUUUUUUGCUUAGUUCGUCAAGAAUGGCCACAAUACUAAUAAUAAUCAUCUCUCUCCCUACUACACUAAACUUAAUCAACUAAU